AUGACGGAUCCGUUAGAACAGAGGUACGCAGUGAAAUUUUGUGUUCUACUCGGCAAAAAUACUGUGGAAACCAACGAGAUGAUUAAACAGGCCUUCAAGGACAAAGCCUUGUCCGAAUCCUCGGUCAGGAAGUGGCACAAGAUGUUCCGUGACGGAAGGGAAGAGGUGACCGACGAAGCCCGCUCUGGUCGUCCUUCAACAUCGCGGACCGACGAGAACGUUGACCGUGUGCGUCAGCUUCUCAACGAGGAUCGUCGUCAAGGAGUGCGGUUGAUAGCACAGACCCUCAACAUCGCCAAGUCGACCGUGCAUCGCAUCGUGACCGAGGAGUUAAGGACAUCCAAGAAGCUACGACGAGGGCGCUGA